AUGAACCAUCAUCCCCCUCCUCUGCCGCAUGGGCAGCCUCCGAUGCCUCCUCCGCGGCGGCAGCAUGAGGUGCCAUACUCGUCGGCGCCUCCCAACGUUCGAUCGCCUGGCUACAUGGCCUACCAUCACCCUCACCCGCAUCCACAUACACUCGGACAUGCACACGCUCACGGACACGCUCACGGACCAGUGCCUAUGCCUCCGCCGUACGGGCCUCAAAACUUCCAGAACUGGUAUCCCUAUCAGCAGAUGCCUCCUCACCCUCCUCCUAUGCAGCCUUACCCACAGUAUAAUACCCCGUUGAUCGUUUGCUCGUACCCUCGGCCUCAACCACCGAGCCACCAACCACCGCCGCCGCACAUGUCUCCGGCGCCCCGGACACAGACUAGCACUCCCAUUACAUCUCAGCCGUCCCCAUUUUCACCUACACCUCCGGUUUCCUUGUCUACACCGGCAAUUACAGAGCCACAGGAGGACCAGUCCACACAGUAUCUGCCAACGAGGUCUGGCAGCGAGGUGGAGAGUAAUGCCUCUCUCAGUGCCUCUGUCAACAAUAGUGCACGGCCUACCCCUCCUCCAAUCACCGCCAAAAGGCCAGAUACUAGGUCAGGCGUAAGACAGGUAUUCCAACCACCACUCCCGUGGCUCUCUGUUCCAGAAGCACCCUUCCCGUCCAAGCCUCCACGACGACGCCGUAAGAAUCGGCCUGCCCAGCCUUCCUCUUCUCUUGUAGUAGAAUUGCCUUGCAAGGGCGAAACCGACGCUGAAAAUGCUGAGCCACAAGCAAAAGACAUCGAAGAACAGCCACUCGCACAGCCAGAGCCUACCGCCGCCCCCCUACCCGAACCAGAUACCCUAUCUCUUCUUUCCAGCACCCAACAAGCUCCUGUGCAUACCCGGCAGGCCAGCACUACAAGGCCAGGUGUUCCGGUAAUCCCUGUGGUUCCAUUGAUGCCUCAAAGCCCAUCAGCUCCCAAGCAGUCCAGGUCUUCAGCUCACCCUACUCCUGGAACGCCGGAUUUAACUGAAGCAACAGCAUCCACUGCCCUGGAAAAUGGACAAGCCGCCACUGAAGAAGGAUCUCGGCCAGCAGCGUCCUCUGAGACCGCCAGCAAUGCAGCUCCAUCCCCAGCACCUCAACGAGUGGCACCAAAAUCAUGGGCUGACCUUGUCCGCUCGAAGGCGGCUGCAAACAAAGCAGCCGCUCCUUCUCCUCAAGCUGGUGCCCCGACGCUCUCUCGGGGAAAUAUGUGCUAUAUGAAUUCUAUUCUACAAGUUUUAAUCUUUUGUGUUCCAUUUUAUGAAUUUCUUGACCAGAUCGGCCGUCGUGCGGCCCAUAGCUUCAAAAGUGACAGUCCUUUAGUGGAUGCUAUGGUUAUUGAUGCGGCAUCUUCGGUGGAAAAAUUAAGGCUUCGGUUGAAACAAAACGAAUUGGAGGAGGACAUGAGACGGGGUCAUCAGCAAGAUGCCCAGGAAUUUCUCGGUUUCCUUCUCGAGGAGCUUCAUGAAGAGUGCCUCCACGCCACCAAGAACGCCAUAGCUGACAAGUCUGAUGCCUCCACUUCUUCUGACGUGGACGCCCAUUCCAUCGGAGAUGAGUCUACGGGUGACGGAUGGCUGGAAGUUGGCCAUAAACAGAAAGCAUCAGUCACCCGAUCAUCCGGUGAUGGCUCUGGUGAAUCCCCCAUUACACGAAUCUUUAGCGGAAAAAUUCGAUCCGAAUUCAGAGUGCCUGGAAACAAAAAUUCAGUGACUCUCGAGCCUUAUCAAUCUCUCCAACUUGACAUUGGCUCUCCUCAAGUGAACAACAUCAUCGACGCGCUUAAGGGCCUAACUAAACCUGAAACUAUGCACGGGGAUUUCCAAUCUUCUCGUGGCCCCAAAGUCAAUGCCACCAAACAGGUGUUCAUUGAACACCUUCCCCCAGUCCUCGUACUUCACCUUAAGCGCUUCCAGUACGAUAAUGUGACCAAUGGUACGCAGAAAAUCUGGAAAAAGAUAGGUUACCCACUUGAGCUUGAGAUUCCCAAGGAAGUCUUCCCCCCACACCGCCGUAAUACCCUAUCUGCCCAGAAUGGCAGCCUCCCAAAAUACCGGCUCAUUGGAGUGAUUUAUCAUCAUGGUAAGAGCGCAAGUGGAGGACAUUACACAGUCGAAGUCCGUCGACAAGAUGGACGAGAAUGGGUCCGCUUCGACGACACCUAUAUCCGUCGUGUACGGAGCGAAGAGGUAGCUUAUGGUGGCAGCGAGGAGGAUCCAAAACUACUCUCUGCCGCUCUUGAGCGCCAUAACAACUCCACAGAACAAAUCACCAGUAACAACAUUUAUGAUCAAUUUGAUCCUGACGAGCAAGACCACCCAGACAACGGAAGGGGAUGGAGCCAAGUCAAUGGCUCCGGCUCCGGCAGCCACUCUAGACAGAAGUCUAUGGCCGCAGCUGCUGCCGCCGCCGCCGCCGCCAGCGGGAAUGCCUCGCCAAAGGCUGAUUCAGGCAAAGGCACACCCACAGCAACCAGCAGCGCCCGUUUCGGUUCUUCUCGAGACAACAAAGUUGCAUAUCUCUUGUUUUACCAGCGUAUUCACAGCGCAUAA